AAUAUUUUACAACAGCGGCUUUCAAAACAACAUCCCAACAAAUAAAUUGAGAAAUUUGAAGGAAUGGCCAGGGGAUUGUCACUAUGUUGUAAAUCUAAAUCCGAGGGUAGAAUACGAGUUCUUAUCUAGAAAUAUGCUGGCGAUGGAGUCAACAGAAAAAUGGCUAUGUCAUGAGUGUGAAACUCAUACUACGUUUCGCGCUUUUGGUCCUCACACUAACAGGAUCUUUUCUCGCUGCGUGGUUGUCAUUCUCUAUCCUUCAGCUGUCCCACACUAAGAGAGAAGGCGUUUCGAACUUCGCUACACCUUCUUGUCUUCGCGAUAGUUUCAGCGAUGUGGUUUURGUAAUAAUUUAUAACCAUCCACUGUAUACGAGUGUACCUCUCCUGAAAAAGUUAUACGGGAACGCUUUUCCCRCAAUCAUGUUUUGCGGGCCUAAACCUGAGAAUAACAGUCUAGAACAUCCCAUAGAGGCAGUUUACCACAAGAAGGGCUACUUUGGGUAUUUGUGUUUGGCUAGAGCAAUGGAAAAAUACAGCAGAGAAGUCCAAAUAGAUAUAAAAGAUGAACCAAUGUUCCACUCACUGUCAGCUAAUUCAAAAAGUAGCCUUGUUAACUACAACGGGUAUUUAGUGAUCAAUGAUGACGUCAUGUUAAAUUUUUGGAAUUUUUUGCGUUUCGACCRGAGAAAAAUCUGGGAAGGGCCCAAGGCCCCCGUCCAGUACCCGGGAUUUGUACCUAGGAGAAAAUGGUACUGGUGGAAAUCCCGAUGGGGCAAGUCUCAGUGCCAAAAAGCGUAUAACGAGAUAUGGUCCCUACAAAAGGAUUUCAAUAUGUGGGAUAGACUUAACGUCACGAAGACUAUGGAAAUCCUCACGAAAAACGGUCGCGGYAAGACAUUUUGCUACCGUGGAAGGUCGGAUAUAUUGUAUGUUCCAGCGCGAUUCUCGGAGAUCUUUCARUUGUUGGCUCAUAUUUUUUACAAACACAGUGUUUUUCUUGAAAUAGCUGUCCCGACGAUGCUUCGUAUGAUAGACCUGGAGGCAAACUUUGAGCAAAUCCCCGGGGUAUAUCUACCCGGUAGGGUAAAUGAAUCGUUUGUGAAGGACAGCAGAUUUUUCUGGCAAGUUUAUAAUAAGAGAGAGUAUUUUGUACAUCCUAUGAAGUUAAACUAUGCUAAUUCAGAAAUGAGCAGAGCUUUACUUAAGACUUGGGUGAUUGAAUAUAUUGAGAUUUAA